AUGUAUUUUUCAGGCAACAGUGUUGAUCCAUUAUUUUUAAAUGAAGAGUUUGACACCGAAAGUUCAACUGACUUUGAUUCGACUCAUAACUCGUUCGAAGUGAACGACAAUAAAAUCCAGUCAAAAAUGAAGGAAAAGGGAGGCAUCAAAGGUUUUCCAGCAAAAAAUCGACUAAAAAUUAAAUUAGUAGCCGAAAAUAAAUUUUCGGAUAACGCUGAUAAAAAAUAUGACUUGCUGAUAAGGGAAAUUAGGGGUGUGAGGGCUGAAAUUAGAGAAGUACAGGCUAAUCAAGUCUCUCUGAUGAAUAUGUUCAAGGCUGUCUCCUGUACAAACUACGUACCAAAGAAAUCAUUUGCAGAAGAAUAUAGUUUGACAUUGCCAUUUAAUACAUUGCAGGAAUUUGCAGACUUUGACAAUCGAUUAGCAACGGAUGACAAGUGUUGCAAAGAAUUCAAAGGUUCACUGGCGUUAUCUUUUGAUAAAAAAAUCAUGCGCCAGACAGUUAACAAUAUUUUUAAGAAAUAUUUCUCCAAAAAUGUAAGCAGCCAGUUCACAGCUGUAAAAAGAGUCGCAACAAAACUACUUUUUAAAGAAUACCACAUGUGCAAAUGCAUUAUUGAUGUACUUCCAGAGAAAUAUAAAUGUUCAGAGGAGGAAGUUAUUUCUGACAUCAGCACUGUUUUGAGUAAUGUUAAGGACUGGGACGCAGGCAGAAAACUCAGACCAAGCGCAACACUAGCAUCGAACUGAGUGAAAUUAUCGCAUAUCCAGUUCUCGUUUAUAUGUACUCGUAAAAAAUCAUGCAUUUAUG